AUGAAGGACACGGCUCCUGAUUUUUCCGUAACAGAGCAGUCUAAGGAAUUUGUAGCAGAGGACGAUUACAUCAAGAGCUGGGAGGACAAUCAACCAGUCGAUGAAGGUUUGGACACGACCAAGGAUCCCUGUCAAAAAGUUAAAUGCAGUCGUCACAAGGUGUGCAUUGCCCAGGGCUACCAGCGGGCCAUGUGCAUUAGCCGCAAAAAGCUGGAGCACAGAAUCAAACAGCCAGCCCUGAAACCCCAUGGAAACAAGGAUAGCUUGUGCAAGCCCUGCCAUAUGACCCAGCUGGCAUCUGUUUGUGGCUCCGAUGGACACACGUACAGCUCUGUGUGUAAACUGGAGCAGCAGGCCUGCCUGACAAACAAGCAGCUGACCAUCAAAUGUGAGGGACCAUGUCCAUGUGCAAGUGACCAUAGUCCUACCUCAGCCACAGAUGGUAAACAAGAAACAUGCACCGGACAAGACUUGGCAGACCUGGGGGAUCGCCUACGUGAUUGGUUCCAGCUCUUGCAUGAGAAUGCCAAGCAGAACAGCUCCGGAAGCACAGGGACCAAUCCAGUGAAUGUGCUGGACAAGAGCCUGGUGGCCAGUUGCAAAGACUCCAUUGGCUGGAUGUUCUCCAAGCUGGACACCAACAGCGACCUUUUCCUGGACCAGACCGAGUUGGCAGCCAUCAACCUGGACAAAUACGAGAUAUGCAUCCGGCCUUUCUUCAAUUCCUGUGACACCUACAAGGACGGGCGCGUCUCCACCGCAGAGUGGUGCUUCUGCUUCUGGAGAGAGAAGCCUCCCUGCCUGGUCGAACUGGAGAGGAUUCAGAUCCAAGAAGCAGCAAAAAAGAAACCUGGGGCCUUUAUCCCCAGCUGUGAUGAAGAUGGAUACUAUCGCAAGAUGCAGUGUGACUCGAGUAGUGGGGAGUGUUGGUGUGUGGACCAUCUUGGUACAGAGUUGACGGGAACACGGAUGCACGGGAAUCCAGACUGUGAUGAUAUUGUCGGAUUCUCGGGAGAUUUUGGGAGUGGCGUUGGAUGGGAAGACGAGGAAGAGAAAGAGACUGAGGAAGCCGGCGAGGAGGCCGAAGAGGAGGAGGGCGAAGCAGGCGAGGCAGAUGACGGAGGCUACAUCUGGUAGAAGCAACUCUAAGAGCACAGUUUGGUCAGGAUGCUGGCUGUGGGGCUGGGAGGCAGCAGUCAAAACUCAAAAGGAGAGGAACAGCUUAACAAGAUGAUCAGGAAACACAGCUGAAUGUAACUAUGGCAGAACAUGUGUGAAUGUGUGUGCGUAUGUACGUGUGCUUGACUGACUGAGCCCAUUUUCUUUACACAUGACUGUGGGGACGAUCUGUUUUCUCCCAGCUUAGCAGAGGUCAAAAGCUGUGGCAAAGCAACAUGGGUGAAAGGGAAGUGCGCAGAACUGUAGGCUCAUUUAGUUAAUUAUUUGGGAAAUAUAAUUUAAUUUCUGAAUUGUCAGUAACCCAGUUCAGCUCCUUGCCAGAGUCAAGGUAUGAGAAAUACAGUUGCCUGCUCCCCAACUCCCUGCAUUUCUCGCUGUAGUAUCUAGCAAUAUCAUGUUUAUCUAGGCACCGUUUGAUACAUAUGUGUGUAUGCAUGUAUGUAUAUACAUACAUAAAUACACAUCAUGUUACACUGCUGGAAUUUUGCAGUAAUGCUCUGCAAACAUCCAGCAGCUCAGAUAGGUGUUUAUGAAUAUUCAUGAAAGCCAAGAAGACAUGAUCACCAGGAUUUGCCUGACAGGCCAAGGACUAGAAGCAUGCUUUCCUUUUUCAACUAAAUGUCAAGAAUCAUAUCAUACAAGGUAAGAUCACCUAUUGUUGGUUGAUCUACCAUAUCAAGGACUUUGCAGACCCAUGAAGUGACCUGUAAGAUAAAACCUUCCUGUAAUAUUUAGGUUAAGUAUACUAUUUUAUUUAUUUUAUUUACAGUAUUUAUAUUCCGCCCUUCUCACCCCGCAGGGGACUCAGGGCAGAUUAUAAUGUACAUAUACAUGGCAAACAUUCAAUGCCAUAGACAUACAACAUAUAUAGACAGACACUCAAAGGCUAUUUAACAUUCCAGCUUCUGGCCACCAGGGGAGCUGUCGCUUCACCCUUCUUCAUUCUUUGCAUACUUCCUGGAAAUUUUUAUGGCCUCGUAAAUCAGUUAAAUUAGCUUCCCCACAUAAGUGG